AUGCCCCGGUUUCUUCGGCCCAAACUGGCCUGGUCGCGCGCUUUCUCAUUCCCUAGGGCCGUUGGUCUGCAUCCAACUCUGCUUCUGCAUGCAACCAACCAGUUCGAGUCUGCCUCUCCCAGGCCUCGACGAAACGUCGAAACAAAGUCAAAACCUUGGAUCGGGGCCCGUCCCAUCGACCGCUCGUCACCCUCGACGCUACUCGCCUCCGCCCUCGACACCCUCGCCCGGCGAGCCCCUGCCAUCCCCCCGACUCGACUGAUUGUCGCGGCGCGGAAGAGUCUGGUCGGCGGACGAAAUCCUCCUCGUCCUGCUGCCCGCCGCCCCAUCGCUAGGCCCGUCCCCGUGGUCGUGCUACCCCGUCCCAGGCCAGGCCAGGCAGACCAGCGAACCGUUGAACUCGCCGCACCUGGCACCCGGCCCCAGCCUUUGCCAGUGCGCCGUUCGACCACUCGCCGUUUGCCGUUCACCCUUGGCCGUUCGUCGGUCGCCGUUCGCCAAUUCACCACCACUACCACCACCGUCGCCGCCAUCGCCAUCGCCAUCGCCCAUCCCAGCGCCGUGCCGACAUUGCCAUCGGCCUCAAGCCCUGACCGACGGCUCGCGACGACGGCUUCUCGCCUCGUGCCCCACCCUCCGGCCGCCUCCUCCCUCACCCUCGCUGCUCGUCGAGGCAGCCCGGGAGGGCAGCAUCGUGCGACGGCUACCCCGGCAUCGGCCGCGGCUUCGACCGGCACCAAUCGCUCCGUCCUGGGACGUCGAGUGCCCCGCCCGAUCCUCGAGAGCGGCACGCCUUCGUCGGCAACCGCCCUCCCCCUCCUCCUCCUCUCCUCCUGCGCCGUCGUGCGUCGACGAUUCGACGACGGCACCCGCGAGGCCGUCACGCCAGCGUCGCGCCGCAUCCGCUCGCCCCCGUGCGCGAGAGGAGGCCGUCUUGAUCCCGCAUCCGCCCGCUCGCUUCUCGCCCCGGCCCCGCGUCGCACCUCCUCGCCUUCGUCCGCGGCGUGCGACCGCCCGUCGAAUCCCGGAAGACCUGCCGUUGCCACCAUGGACCGACCGGCGUGCCACGUCAUCUACGUCAAUCGCGCCGCCGGUGACGAUGGCCUCCUUCAACCCGCGCCUGCCGCCGCCGGCGGCUACCUGUCCGGCGCGAAGCACGCGCGCCUCAGAGAAGCCGUGAAGCCGCUCCUCGACACCUUUGGUGACGUCCACGUCUGCGCCACCGGCGAAGCCUGCAUGUCGAAGCUGGCCCAGCUCCAGGACGGCUCCAUGAUUGACAUCAUCCCGACCCUCAUCCUUCUGGACACGCCGCCCGACGAGCCGGAGCAGGAGCUGGCGUCGCACACGCGCUCCUACGACCGGCCCGAUUCGCUCUGCCUACCCGACACGGUGGCCCUUCCGAGAGUCGGCGUCGAGCUGUACGGCCUCGCCCUGCUGCAGGCGGUCAUCGCGGAAGCCCGCAUGCGGAACAUGUCCAAGCUGAUCGUCCCCGUGCCCAUCGUCGGCUACUCGGAUCCUGCCGUCGACAUGCCCCUCGAACGGAUGACCGACGGCGCCGUCGACGCGCAGGCUGCCGACGCCGACGCCGACGCCGGCCUUCGGCAGCUGAUCAAGAGUUGCCUGGACCUCGGCGCCACCGAUGUUCUCAUCAGCCCCCUGAAUUCGAGGUCCGUCACGACGCUCGAGAUCUGCGCCUACAGGGCCCACAGGGAUGCCGCCAAGGAUCACCAGGCGCUCAUGGAAAUGUCCAAGAGUCGCAAGCGGUCCUGGGUCGGCGUCAACGAGCAGAAGCCCUUUGCGUACCUGCGCGAGGCCAUGGUGUCCGGCCUCAUGAAUGGCAUCUGCCGUUUGGACUCGGACGACACCCAAAUCGCCACGGCCCACAUCGUCGUCUCGCCGGACCGGCAGUCCUUCAUCGACGCCGCCAUCGACGACUGGCACUUUUGCGCCCAUGCCUUCUCCGACGACGAGCUAUUGGUCGCCUCUGUCACCAUGUUUGACCAUGCCCUCACGGCCGAGGGGCUUGAGCAGUGGAAAAUUGACAAAGAACAACUGAUGAGGUUUCUCGUCGCGUGCCGCGCGGCGUACAACAGCUUCGUUCCCUACCACAACUUUCGCCACGUCGUCGACGUGCUGCAGGCCACCUUCAGCUUCCUCGUCCACAUCGGAGCCCUGCCGCCGCACGCCUCGAGCCGUCAGCAGCUUCGCGGCGCCAUGUCCGACAAGUCCCCCAUGGCAGCCUUGGGCGUCGCCGACGUCAUGCCCGCGAUGCGAUACAUCGUCGACGAGCUCCAAAAGAACAAGACCUUCUUCAAGGCCAUGGUGGAGCUGGAGAAAUCCAAGAGCAAGCAGCCCAAGGCCGAGGCGGAUCAGAUGCCGCCGAUGCCGCCGAUGCCGCCGACGGGCCUGUGCGUGACGGUGACGGACAGCGCCGGCGGCGUCCCGCGGGUCCUGGCCGAGGUGACGGCGGCGUCGAACCCAUCACCCGCCGACGGCCACAAGACGAACGGCAUCGCGCCGGCGCCCGAUGCGGCCCGGUCACGCCAUCGGUGCGGCGAGGCGACCGAGGGCGGCGCGUCGGGCGCCUUGGCGGGAGACUGGCAAUCGCAGGCGACGAGCGCGACGACGGGAAAGGCGGCUCCGUCGCCGAGCACCCAAGGCACGAGCAUCGUCAGCAACGAGUCGACGGAGCCGACGGUCGGCGCGUCCCCCACCACCGUCACGGACAACAACGGUUCCACGGCGACGGUCGGCAGGCCCGAGGAGCAGGCGAACGGCGAGGAGUCGACCGAGGCGGCCCGCGCGCGAGAGUUGGAGGGCAAGUCUCUGAAGAAGAAGCCCAGCCGGUUCAAGAUGAAAGACUUUCCCUUCUUCCGCCGAAACAAGGGCCCCAUCCUGUGA